AUGUUCAGCUCUGCCUUCAAAGCUGAUCACCUUUGGGUUAACUUGCAACUAGUCAUCAAUCACCUGAAAGUCCUGAAAAAAAAAAAAACUGAGCAGGCCCAGAGAGCAAGGAAGGAGGUUGCCAACCAUCUGGCUGCUGGGAAGGAUGAACGAGCUCAGAUCCGUACAGAGCACAUUAUCCAGGAAGACCACCUCAUGGAGGCCACGGAGAUCCUGGAGCUGUACUGUGACCUGCUGCUGGCUUGGUUUAGCCUGAUUCAGGCCACAAAGGAACUAGAUUCUGGUCUGGCUGAACCUAAAUCUGCACUAAUCUGGGCAGCUCCUCAAUUGUAG